UCCUCCCUCCAUAAAAUUUCAGGUUCCGCGCCAUUAAUCAUUGUCUCCUCAUGUCUACUACAUUUCUCUCUCGCACGCCCGCCGGAGCAAAUCCAUUCAUCAAAACUCCAUAAGGAGAAGAUUUAUUUAAACUCCGUCAUUAUUCUCCCCGGCAAUGGAUAAUGGAAGGCAUAUGAGAUGCAACCAGCGCAAAGGAGAUGACAAACUUCCUAAAGUAAAUUGGUCGGAACAUGCCAAAGUUCAUGAUAACUUUUUAUGCAUGAGUAGGGUUUUGAGUUCAAAUUUCCUUUUCUCGUUGGAAAAACAAAAGCCUUCUACAGAAGGAAGAACGGGUGCCAGGUCAGUGGCCUGUCAAAUUAAGAAUCUUCAAAGAUUGCGUAGUCCGCAAAGUGAAAAGGCAUGGCAGAUUCUUUCCAAUCCUCCAACGGGCAGGACAUACAUAAAACCUGGUUUAACUGCUUCACUUAAACAUGAUAUUGAUAAUUCUUUAGAUGGUAUCAGGAAAACAUCCUUGCAAACCACAUAUGGUAGUAGCAAAAAUUCUAAAUAUACACAUACACGGCGAAACUGCAGUCAAAUUAAUGCUAAGACAACUGAAACAGCAAAGUACAUGGACAGUUGUCCGCCAGAUAUUGUUGAUACUACAGAAACUAGAACAGGUCUGAGGGUUCACAAUAAGGUUGAUGCUUUGGUGAGUAAUGGUACUCAUUCCAAUGCUUUGGAUGGAUCAUAUGGAGAUCGUCCUAUGCAUGCAGGCCAAACGAAGGAGCGUCCGGAAGUUUCGGCUGAUGGAAUGGAUGACGAUGACAUACUUAAGAAUAUAGAUGUGGAUCAAAUUGUCAUGGAACACUACCAAUCGACCUGCACUCCUCAACCAUCAAUUUCAAUGUUUCCACCUAGAAUGCCAAAUGUAGAAAGAAACAGUUCUGCAAGAGAAGAAGAAUCUUGUUUACCUCCUGAACUGUGCUCAAAAUGCAUUCAUGGGUUUAAGGUUGGGGUUUGCCCAGAAGCUUGUACUCAUGUACAGGAAAUAAAGGACCAGUUAAUUGCUAUAUCAAACGAAUUGCUUGACAAUGCUGCUGAGCUGACUAAAGAACAGUUGGAGGAGCUUCGUCAAGAUAGGUUACGCUUGAACAAGCAACUUCAGCAACUUGAAACAUAUCUUUGUGACAUGGAAAGAAAAAGGUCACAUUUCUCCACAUCUGCAACAACUCACAGUUCUCAGUAUGACACACCUCAAGCUCGUAUAUUCAGGAUGGAUCAUUUGGGAUCCGGUGACCAGUUUCAUCUGAAUGAAUCACAUAUCCACAUGAAGUGGAAUCCAUAUUCAGAAUCAAUCUCCUCUGAAGGUAGGGUUGCUAUUUCAUCAGGUAAUGUGGAGAGGGAACUGUAUAUUCCGAAGGUUAUUGAAGUAAAUUAUAUUGAGGGUUCAAAUGACCAUAAGUGGAGCAGCAGGGAUUUUCUGUGGACAAAGAAGUUAGAGAUCAAUAACAAGAAAGUUUUUGGAAAUCACUCAUUUCGCCCCAAUCAAAGAGAGGUCAUUAAUGCAACAAUGAGUGGCUAUGAUGUUUUUGUUUUAAUGCCAACUGGAGGGGGUAAAAGCUUAACAUAUCAGCUUCCUGCUCUUAUUUGUCCAGGUAUAACAUUGGUAAUAUCUCCACUUGUGUCACUUAUCCAAGAUCAAAUAAUGAGUCUGUUGCAGGCAAAUAUUCCUGCUACUUACUUAAGUGCCAAUAUGGAGUGGGCUGAGCAACUGGAGAUCCUUAAAGAGCUUAGUUCCGAUUAUUGUAAAUUCAAGUUAUUAUAUGUCACACCAGAGAAAGUGGCUAAAAGUGAUGUUUUGUUGCGUCACCUUGAGGGUUUAAAUGCCCGUGGCUUUCUCUCUCGGAUUGUUAUUGAUGAAGCGCAUUGUGUGAGUCAGUGGGGACAUGAUUUUAGACCAGAUUACCAGGGCCUUGGUAUCUUGAAGCAAAAAUUCUCAAAUACUCCAGUGUUGGCUUUAACAGCUACUGCAACUGCCAGUGUCAAGGAAGAUGUCGUGCAGGCUCUUGGUCUUGUUAACUGCAUUGUUUUUCGGCAAAGUUUUAAUCGACCAAAUCUAUGGUAUGCGGUUGUCCCCAAGACAAAGAAGUGCCUGGAAGAGAUUAACAAGUUCGUUAAAGAAAACCAUUUUGAUGAAUGUGGGAUUAUUUAUUGUCUUUCAAGAAUGGACUGUGAAAAAGUUGCUGAGAAGAUGCAGGAAUAUGGACAUAAAGCAGCAUUUUACCAUGGUAGCAUGGAUCCUGCUCAACGUUCCUUCGUCCAGGAGCAGUGGAGCAAAUACGAAAUCAAUAUAAUAUGCGCUACCGUGGCAUUUGGAAUGGGUAUCAAUAAACCAGAUGUUCGGUUUGUUAUUCAUCAUUCUCUCCCAAAAUCAAUUGAAGGAUAUCAUCAGGAGUGUGGUCGUGCUGGUCGUGAUGGUCAGCGCUCCUCCUGUGUAUUGUAUUAUAGUUACAGUGAUUAUAUACGAGUUAAGCACAUGAUUAGCCAAGGAGUUGCGGAGCAAGGUACCCUGACACCCGGGUAUAAUCGUAUGGCAAACUCAGGGAGGAUACUGGAAACAAAUACUGAAAAUCUUCUGCGAAUGGUCAGUUAUUGUGAAAACGAUGUCGAUUGCCGACGUUUCCUACAGCUUGGGCAUUUGGGAGAGAAAUUUGAUCAUGCAAACUGUAAAAGAACAUGUGAUAAUUGUUCUAAGAACAAAAGUUUGAUUGAGAAGGAUGUAACCAAGACAGCAAAGCAAUUGGUUGAACUGGUGAAGUUGACAGGGCAGCAGUUUUCAUCAUCUCAUAUUUUGGAGGUCUACAGAGGUUCCUUAAGUAAAUAUGUCAAGAAACACCGACAUGAGACUCUAAGCUUACAUGGAGCUGGCAAGCUACUAACCAAGGAAGAAGCAUCCCGCGUAUUGCGUCAUCUUGUCACAAAUGAUAUUCUUGUGGAGGAUGUUAAGAAAAGUGAUAUAUAUGGAUCCUUAUCAUCAGUGUUGAAGGUAAAUGAAUCCAAGGCUUACAAUCUCUUUUCUGAUGGACAGACAAUUACACUGAGGGUUCCAUCUUCUGUUAAAACAUCUAAACUUAGCAAAUAUGAAGUUACUCCUGCAAAAGGCUCACUGUUGUCUGGGAGGUUGAGUCCUCCACAAACUGAUACUUCUUUGCAGUAUCAACCUGAAGUUGACUUGAAUCUCUCAGCCAAAUUAUAUUCCGCUUUGCGAAUUCUUCGAACUAAUCUUGUGAAAGAGGCUGGAGACAGGGUGAUGGCGUACCACAUAUUUGGGAAUGCUACAUUGCAGCAUAUAAGCAAAAGAAUUCCCAGAACAAAGGAAGAACUCCUGGAGAUCAAUGGCGUUGGAAAGGCCAAGUUAAGCAAGUAUGGAGAUCGGUUGCUGGAAGCUAUUGAAUCUACCAUCAAAGAAUAUUACAAGACAAACAAGAACAGUAACAGUAGCAAUGACAGUAGUGAUUCAGCAAAGAGAAGAAGAGAUGCAAAUCGUGUUGGUAGUACAACUAUGGAAGAUGAUGAUGACUUCACCAGCAGCACUGGUAACUCAAACAAAAGGGCUGCAAAAAUUCAGAAUAAAAAUGCUGAUGUUUACAGUUCUACAUUGCCAAAUUACUGCAAUGAAGACCUAGAUGAUGAACCAGAUUUUUAUGAUUGGGACUAUGCCGUUGACCACGAUGAGAAGGGUAGAGGAAGAGUGCUACCUUCAUGGUCAACCGGAAACAAAUAAAUCUAUUUCGUAUUGAACCUUUUGGGAGGAGGAAGGAUAUAGACUUUGUCAACACCAGUUUACUAGUUAGUUCAAAGGCUUGCUAAAAUGAUAAUGUAAAUAUAUGGAAGAUCUUUUUAACAGAUUGCUCAUUUCAUGGCACAAUGGCCACGAUCCAAUGGAAUUGAUUGGAACCGCUAAUUUUCCAAACAAAUAUAGAUAGCACGAUAGGAAGUACUGUGAAAUAUAUUGGUAGUUGGUUAAAGAAACGAUUUCAUACUGGA